AGGCGUGAGGGGCGGGCUGAUGGGGUGCGCGCAGGCGCAGGCGGGGGCGACCCGCCCCGACGCCAUCUCCGGGAUCCGGCGAGCCCGCCCAGGUCUCUGGUGUGGCUGCCUGAGCCUGCAGGAUGUUUCACGGGAUCCCAGCCACUCCGGGCAUGGGAGCCCCUGGAAACAAACCAGAGCUGUAUGAGGAAGUGAAGCUGUACAAGAACGCCCGGGAGCGGGAGAAGUAUGACAACAUGGCAGAGCUGUUUGCGGUUGUGAAGACAAUGCAGGCCCUGGAGAAGGCAUACAUCAAGGACUGUGUCACCCCCAAUGAGUACACGGCAGCCUGCUCCCGGCUUCUGGUCCAGUACAAAGCUGCCUUCCGACAGGUUCAGGGCUCAGAGAUCAGCUCCAUUGAUGAGUUCUGCCGCAAGUUCCGUCUGGACUGCCCACUUGCCAUGGAGAGGAUCAAGGAGGACCGACCCAUCACCAUCAAGGACGACAAGGGCAACCUCAACCGCUGCAUUGCAGAUGUCGUCUCGCUCUUCAUCACAGUGAUGGACAAGCUGCGCCUGGAGAUCCGGGCCAUGGACGAGAUCCAGCCUGACCUGCGGGAGCUAAUGGAGACUAUGCACCGUAUGAGCCACCUGCCCCCUGACUUUGAGGGCCGACAGACCGUCAGCCAAUGGCUGCAGACCCUGAGCGGCAUGUCAGCAUCAGACGAGCUAGACGACUCCCAGGUGCGCCAGAUGCUCUUCGACCUGGAGUCAGCCUACAACGCCUUCAACCGCUUCCUGCAUGCCUGAGCCUGCAGUCUCCCGCCACAGCCUCCCAUGAUUGUUCCUGCUUCCUUCGGACACCCGAUCCCUGGACGGUCUGCACAGCUCUUGCUGUCUAUAGUAGCCCUGUCUGUGUGUCCAUCUAUGGUGUUUUGACCCCAGAGGCCCCUCUCCUCCUCACAAUAAAGAUGCUUUCUAACGUC